AUGUUGGCCGGCCUCUCCCCACACCUCUCCAACCUCCGGCGGAGCCUCACGCAGGUGCUCAACUUCGCCCUCGUGCUCUCCACCGCCUUUAUGAUGUGGAAGGGCCUCUCGAUCUACACCAACUCCUCGUCGCCCAUCGUCGUGGUGCUUUCGGGUAGCAUGGAGCCCGCGUUCCAGAGAGGUGACUUGCUGUUCCUGUGGAAUCGGAGCCCGCGGGCGGAGGUGGGGGAGAUCGUGGUGUAUAAUGUGAGGGGAAAGGAUAUUCCGAUUGUGCAUCGGGUCGUGAGGGCGUUUGGGGACGAUGAGAAGAGUCCGAAGGAGACGAACGGACAGAAGAAGAAGAAGGUGAUGAGCUCGGGCAAGAAGGACAGUAUUGCGGCUGGGGCUCUUCACUCAGAUUCGGCGCUCGUUUCUCAUAGGAUUCUCACCAAGGGCGACAAUAAUAUUGCUGAUGAUACGGAGCUAUAUGCUCAAGGGCAGGAUUAUCUUGACCGGAAACUGGACUUGGUGGGCAGUGUACGCGGGUAUAUUCCCGCAAUUGGAUAUGUGACGAUUAUGCUGAGCGAGCAUCCAUGGCUGAAGACCGUGUUAUUGGGGAUUAUGGGCGCUAUGGUCAUUUUACAGCGAGAAUAG